UCGAUUGAGUGUGUGUUCUAGCUGAGAAAGAAAUUUACCAAUCUAAAUUAACAAUAAAUUCAUGAUUUAUACAGUUGUAAAUUGAAGUUAUAUUGUAUUAGUGACAGAAGCGUGAUUUUUUUUUGUAGAUGUGAAUCGUUCUCGUACUAAAUUUUGUUUAAUCACUCAAAAGAAGCAAAGAUUGUUAUCAAAUAAAUGUUGUAUUGAAGAAUUAAAUCUGAGAAUUUGUGAUGUCGUAUCAGUAGUCAACAUUUUAUACACUGUAAAGAAAAUGAAUAAAAAUCUGUCUCAGGUCGAUUCUGAUUUAGAGUUAUAAAAGAAUAAAAUUGAUUUAUGGUGUCGUGGAAGGCACUAUUUUUAUCAUAGUUUACAUAUAAUUCCUUUUACAUGCUUUUUCUCAGUUAAAAAAUCACUGAAAAGUUAUCGCAUUAGAUACAAAUAUGGAAAUGUUCAGUAACUUAAAAAUUAUGCAAAGUCACUCAGAAAAAAAACAUCGAAAACUUGAAUUAAGCAAAGAAAUUGAUCGACCUAAACAUGAAAAUGAAACGAAGAAAAUGGAAGACAAACGUAUACAUUUAGAAACCAUUGACAAUCACGAAAUACCUUAUCCAGGUUUUGCACCAGUUGCUCUACGAUAUCUUUAUCAAUCUACACGCCCACGCAACUGGUGUCUUGCACUUAUUACCAAUCCAUGGUUCGAGCGAGUUAGUAUGAUAGUUAUUUUAUUGAAUUGUUUAACACUGGGAAUGUAUCAACCGUGUGUCGAUGAUAAAUGUGCAACUCAUCGCUGUAAGAUAUUACAGAUUUUGGAUGAUAUCAUAUUUUUAUUCUUUAUGAUUGAGAUGAUCAUUAAAAUGAUUGCUAUGGGCAUUUACGGUCAAGGAACAUAUUUAGCAGAUGCAUGGAAUAGACUUGAUUUCUUCAUUGUGGUCGCUGGGAUUGUAGAAUACACUCUAAAUGUUGAAAACAUCAAUUUCUCAGCUAUCCGCACGAUCAGAGUAUUAAGACCUUUGAGAGCUAUAAACAGGAUACCAAGUAUGAGGAUUUUAGUCAUGUUGCUACUUGAUACACUGCCAAUGCUUGGUAAUGUGCUAUUAUUAUGCUUUUUUGUUUUCUUCAUCUUUGGAAUUGUUGGAGUUCAAUUAUGGGAAGGUAUAUUGAGACAACGUUGUUUUCUAAAGGCUAUCCAUAACAUCAAAUAUCCUGAAAAUCUUGGAAAAUAUUUCGAGUAUCAAGGACAAGACUACAUUUGUUCUCGUCCCGGAGAUAAUGGCAUGCAUUCUUGUUAUAAUUUACCACCGUUAAAAAUUGGUGAUACAGUGUGUAACAGCACUGCUGUUCCCUACAGUAAUGUCACGUUCAUUACAAAUACAAGUUGUGUCAAUUGGAAUUAUUAUUAUACUGAAUGUAAAGGGCAGGGCCAUAAUCCAUUCCAAGGCACAAUAUCUUUUGAUAACAUUGGACUUGCGUGGGUAGCAAUUUUUCUUGUCAUCAGCCUCGAAGGCUGGACAGAUAUAAUGUAUUAUGUUCAAGACGCUCACUCUUUCUGGGACUGGAUAUAUUUUGUAUUAUUAAUAGUUAUUGGUUCAUUCUUCAUGAUAAAUCUCUGUUUAGUAGUCAUAGCUACACAAUUUUCAGAAACAAAGAAGCGUGAAAUUGAACGAAUGAAAAUUGAACGGGCACGAUUUCAAUCCUCCAGUACAUUAGCAUCAUCAAAUAAUAAUUCAGAACCAACAAGCUGUUAUGCUGAAAUAGUAAAAUACAUUGCUCAUCUUUGGCGAAAAGGAAAGCGAAUGGUGCUGAAAAGAAUUCGAAUGUGGACAAAAAAAAAAAACGAAGUAGAAAAAUGUUUUCUGUCAGAUGAACGAUUGGAUUUGUUUCGUUCAAAUGUUAUUGAUACGCAAGUACAUCAGGAGCAUGAUUGCUACACCUAUCGACGACCAAGUUCAUUAGAUAGCGAAAAUAAUCGAUUCAGACCAGCCGACAACCAUGUAGAUCCUGUGUUGUUUAUGAAUGAUUGUUACCUCUCGUAUGCACCGCGGGCAAGUCCUGAAAUGUCUGAUCCGGAGAUUUCUUUAAAAGAUUCUCAAAAAGGGCUAUUAAGUAUUAAUCGACUCCCUUACCAGUUUCACGAUAAUGUAUCAAAUAAGUGUUUUUCUAGAUCAGAGCCAAACAAUUCCUUACUGCGUGUUCCACUCUCUUAUUCUCAUCAUAAUGAUAAAAUUCAGUUUAGCAGUCCGACAGAAUUGAAAAAAAUUAGUGACGAUUUUGACGCUUUAAUCUCAAAAGAUGAAUAUCCAUUGCAAGAGUUUGAUUCAUGCUGUGAGGAAAAAAAAACGCAGACUGAAAACCAAUUUACUCCACAUGUAAUUGAGAAUGAUAAUGGACUCAAGAUGCGACUACGUCAAUAUGAACCAGUGACAUGUCAAGAGCUAUUAGCAUUGGGUGGAGCAUUCAAUGCAACCUUGUUGACGCACGGAUUUGAUCAUUACAAAUUUAUUGAAUUUCUGUCAGAAAACAUAAAAGGUCAACGCUUACUUAUUAAUGAAAGGAAAAAAAAAUUCUUGUCUGAUAAUAAAUACUCAUGUUGUCAAUCAGCCAUCUAUGCAGUUAUUGAAGAAGUAAAUCAAGAUAAUUCAUUUUGUUCGAAACAUAUAUAUGAGAUGCGUCAACAAAAAAGAAUCAUUGAUUGUCAAGUACUAGAAACAUUACAAAUAAAAAUCCGGUGGCUGGUUGAAUACGAAUAUUUUCAACAAGGCAUUCUCUUAGCAAUUUUGAUCAAUACUUUCAGUAUGGGAAUUGAAUAUCAUCAACAGCCAGAAGAAUUGACAGUUUUAGUGGAAAUGAGCAAUAUCGUAUUCUCAGCUAUAUUCGCUUUAGAAAUGCUACUAAAAAUAAUCGCUGAAGGACCGUUCCGUUAUAUCAGCAAUGGCUUCAAUGUUUUUGAUGGCAUCGUUGUUGUUUUAAGUGUUAUAGAGCUCUGCCAAUCAAUCACUGAAGAAAGGAGUGGAAAUUCUGGUUUGAGUGUUCUCCGAACAUUUCGAUUGCUAAGAAUACUAAAAUUGGUCCGCUUUAUGCCCAACUUAAGACGUCAACUCUUCGUCAUGCUGCGAACAAUGGACAACGUCGCUGUGUUCUUCUCUCUUCUAGUUUUGUUUAUCUUCAUUUUCAGCAUACUUGGAAUGUACCUCUUCGGGGGUAAGUUUUGUGUGUGGGAGGAUCGUAGGCGGCCUUGUACGUGUGAAGAAAUUGUGACCCGUCAUCCAAUGUGUCUGUGUGAUCGUAAGCACUUCAAUGAUAUCGUCUGGGCACUGGUCACAGUCUUUCAGAUACUCACCCAAGAAGAUUGGAAUGUUGUUCUCUUCAAUGGAAUGCAAAAAACAUCACACUGGGCAGCAUUAUAUUUUGUUGCAUUGAUGACAUUUGGCAAUUAUGUACUAUUCAAUCUCCUUGUUGCAAUUCUUGUUGAAGGAUUUUCUUCUGAGCGGGAUGAAAGAAAAGAACGUGAACAGCGAGGUGCAACAACAUAUGCUCUACAAGAGGCAAAUCGGAACGACAAUAUAGACCACUCAGAAUCAUCGGGUUAUCAAUCACCUUUUUCAUCGGGCAAUGACGAAAAUUAUCUUCAAGACUGGAAGAAAUAUUGGGAAGCAAUCGAUAACAUUGGCAAAUACAAUGAACGUAAUUUAUUAGCAAAUAAUUACGUAACAAAAAAAAAAGUGCCUCCUACACCUCUUAUAGUUGAAACUGCAGCAACGCCGCGUGGAUCAUCGAAUACUACCUGCGUUACGAGCACACAAGAUCUUUAUACCGAUGAUCAUCGAAUAAACUUUUCAGACAAAAUGACUGACCAACUGGUAAACCGAAAUUGUAUUCUUCACGAUUUUCAAAAUUUUAUGACAUUAAGUAACGAGAAUCAGCGUAGACAUCUACAAAAGAGCCAGCCUAGCUCAGCGGUGAGUAAUUCAAAUCGAAAUUAUACUGCAAAUUAUACAAUAUUUGAUACAAAGAUAAAAAAUACUUGUGAACAAUUGGAAGAGGUAAAUAAUAAAUAUGUAUUGCAGCAAACAUCGAAAAACGAAAAAUUUUAUUUUGAUACAAAUAGAUCUCACAAUAUUUUCAGUGAUCGUCGUCAAGUUCUAUUCGAGAAUAUGAAUGAUCUUAAGUCAUUUCCAAACAGUGAACUUACAAGUAAUCCAAAUAUGAAAUCAAAUUACUAUCCCAUGAAUAUUUUCAACUAUGAUAGUGGCAACAUUUUUAACGAUCAAGAAUUUUUAUCUAAAGAGAAAAAACCUACAUUGAAUCAGAUGACGAAAAUAUACAAUAAUUCAGCAGCGAACAAUUCUGUACGUAAUGAGAAUAUGAUAAUCGAAGCACAAAAUAUUACCCAAAAAGAUAAUCUUCGUGCGGAAUUCGAUCAAGUACAUCUAAAUGAUGUGUCACAUGAUUCAAAUAACAUGUUUCAAUUAAAUAACUGGAACAAAAAAAAAGAUCGCUGGUUUUGGUCAGCUUCACUUAGAAAUUUUGCAAAAUCAUAUCCAACGUACAUCGAUGAUAUAAACGUUUUACAGAAGCAAGGAUCAAAAAAACCGAUUUUUUUUUCAUGGUUCUACCGAUUACUCUAUCAACGCAGAGAAUAUUCUUUAUAUGUAUUUUCACCGAAUAAUAUUUUGCGGCUAUUUUGUUCGUGGUUAGUUCAUCGAACUUGGUUUGAUAAUGUUAUAUUGGCUUUUAUUGGUUUGAAUUGUAUCACAUUAGCUAUGGAACGGCCUACAAUAGCAUCAGAAAGCUACGAGAGAUUUAUUCUUACUAUAGCGAACUAUAUUUUCACAAUUGUCUUUACAUCAGAAAUGAUUGUUAAGGUAAUAGCUUCUGGUAUGUUUUUCGGUGAUGGAGCUUACUAUACAUCUGGCUGGAAUAUCAUGGAUGGAACGUUAGUUACCAUAUCAAUCAUCGAUUUACUCAUGACCUGUAUUUCAUCCAGUAGUCCUCGAAUAUUCGGAAUUUUAAGAGUCUUUCGACUACUACGAUCUUUACGACCAUUACGUGUGAUCAACCGUGCACCGGGACUAAAACUUGUUGUUCAAACACUUCUAUCGUCCUUAAGACCUAUUGGAAACAUUGUGUUAAUCUGUUGUACGUUUUUUAUUAUUUUCGGAAUUUUAGGUGUACAGCUCUUUAAGGGUACAUUUUAUUAUUGUGAUGGCCCUGAUGUGAAAAAUGUGAGAAAUAAAACAGAUUGUCUUCAAGAUCCUCGAAACUUUUGGGUUAAUAGAAAAUACAAUUUUGAUGAUCUGGGUAAUGCCCUUAUGUCACUAUUUGUUCUGUCAUCACGGGAUGGCUGGGUUAACAUAAUGUAUACUGGCCUCGAUGCCGUUGGAGUUGACCAACAACCCCAAGAAAAUCAUUCUGAGUGGAGAUUGCUCUAUUUUAUCUCAUUUAUUCUUCUUGUUGGAUUCUUCGUAUUAAAUAUGUUCGUUGGCGUUGUUGUUGAAAAUUUUCAUCGAUGUAGAGAAGAACAAGAAAAAGAGGAACGGGUUCGACGUGCAGCAAAACGAGCAUCUCAACUAGAAAAAAGAAGACGUAAAAUGCACGAACCUCCUUACUACAUCAAUUACUCUAAGUCGAGAUUGACAAUACACGGCAUUGUGACAUCAAAAUACUUUGAUUUAGCCAUUGCAGCUGUGAUCGGACUGAAUGUUGUGACAAUGGCAAUGGAAUUUUACAUGAUGCCAAAAGCUCUAUCUUACGCACUGAAGAUAUUCAACUAUUUUUUUACUGCAGUAUUUAUUGUAGAAUCAUCAAUGAAGUUAUUAGCUCUUGGAUUACAACUUUAUCUUAAAGACAGAUGGAACCAACUCGAUAUUGGCAUUGUGAUACUAUCUGUUGUUGGAAUUAUUCUGGAAGAACUUGAGUCAAAUAUCAUACCUAUCAAUCCAACCAUAAUUCGCGUAAUGCGAGUUCUAAGAAUAGCCCGAGUUCUUAAACUUCUAAAAAUGGCAAAAGGAAUCCGGGCGUUGUUAGACACUGUUAUGCAGGCAUUACCUCAAGUUGGGAAUCUAGGACUAUUAUUUUUUUUAUUGUUCUUCAUAUUCGCAGCAUUAGGAGUUGAAUUGUUUGGAAGACUUGAGUGCAACGAUGAAAUACCAUGUCAAGGACUCGGUGAACAUGCCCAUUUCGGUAAUUUUGGAAUGGCAUUUUUAACUUUAUUUAGAGUUGCUACAGGAGACAACUGGAAUGGUAUUAUGAAAGACACGUUGCGCGAUAAUUGCGAUAAUUCAUCAAACUGUUCAAAAAAUUGUUGUGUCAGUUCAAUUGUAGCACCCAUUUUUUUUGUCAUUUUUGUACUUAUGGCACAAUUCGUUCUCGUCAAUGUAGUAGUUGCAGUUUUGAUGAAACAUCUGGAAGAAAGCCAUAAACAAAUAGAAGAUGAACUCAAUAUAGAUAUGCAAUUAGAACGAGAACUAGUUACAGAACACGAGUUGCUUGAGUUUUCUAAUAGAAAAUUCAGUGAGAUUAAUUCUAUUUUGAAAGAACGUGAAUGUCUCGGAUUACAGCUCUUAAGAAAUAAUGCCAGAUACUACUCUUCUCAUGUCAUAAAAAAUCAUGAAUGUAUUGACGAUAAAUGGAUCCCGAUGUUCCAUGAAAAUUUUUAUGACAAUUCUCUGAGUUAUUUGCAACCAAAUAUUUUCAAAGUACGCUCGUUACCUUCAAAUUUUACUUACAAUUCUCGUCACGACAAACGAAAAUUUAGAAGCGAGCUGUGCAACUUUGUUUUACGAUCACUCAGAAAAACGAAAAAUUCGUCAAUUCAUCAUUACAGUAAGACUUCGAAAGACUACUUAGAAAAACAACAUACUCGUCCAUCAUUUCUAAGGGAUGUUCUGAUGCCCCAAACUUCUCGAAGAAAAAAAAGAGAAAUUUGGUUGAAAAAAGCAUUGGUUAAUUUAUGUUUGUCUUCGGUUAAGGGACACGGUAAUAAAAAAUGUAGCAGAGAAAAAACAAAAACCAAUGAUUUAUUGAAAGGCCUAUGUUCUUUAAGAGAUAAAAAUCUUACAACAGCUGAACGCAACCAGUCUGUAUCUAAUAAUGUAUUGAUUGGAACUCAAUGUUUGAGGGAAAAGGAAUUUAAAAUAGCGAAAAAAAUCUUUGUAAGUAAUCCUUCAGAGGAUAGUUUUAAUAAAGCUUGUGAUAUAAUCCAUCGUUUCAAGUCAACCCUGAACGAAAAAUGUUUACAAAAAGAAGUUCGAACAGAGAAUCCCGGUACUCUCGCGGUAGUUAUCACACCAACGCCGCAAAAACUUAAAAAACACAGUCGACUGUUCCAUACUAUAAAUCAGAAAGAAUUAAUGGAAGUACGAGUUCGGGACCGGUGUAACGUCGUUCAUACGACUGAAGAUAAAAACAAUGUGAUUGCUAUCAAUUUAAUGAGGCAAACUGAUCUAGGUAUUGGCCAAAGUUCUUCAUGUAAUAAACAUAUUUACGAUGAAGUUAACAUUUAUGUAGAUGAUGAAGAAAGUAGCUCUAUUGGAGAUUUAAACGGCUGCAUGAUCAAGAAUAUUACAAUUGAUAGAAGAUCAAACACAGAAAAUUCGCUCUAAUAAUUGUGAUUAGACGUAGAUGACAUUAUGUUUAACAAUUAUGUAACAAUUCACGUAUGAAUCGGACUGACUUAUUUUUCUAUGAUACAUUCAUUUAUUGAAACACAGAUUCAUUUUUUAUUGUGCACUGUAUGAAACAACAUUAGUUUUGAAUCUAUAUCAACAUAUUGCUUAAUAAUUAUUACAAUGAACAAAGAGCAUCAAUAAUUGUUUUUUUGUUAUUUUUCGUAUUUUAAAUCUCUAUACCCGAGAUAUAGAAUAAACCAAUAAUAAGGAAACAAUGAAAAAAUAAUUAUGAUUAGUUGUUAAGAUUACCUGAUGUUUCUAUAAUCACAGCCUUGACCGAUGUAACCCCUUCCUAAUAUAGUUAUAUCUAAAUAUUA